AUGGCUCACUCUGGCCCCGGAGGACCAAACGACCACAGACUCCAGGAUCUUGCCCCUGCCGGAAGUUACCAUAGGCCUCCCAGUGAUGAAGAGGAAGGCAACCAGCCUCUGCUACAUCAAGCUCCUGGACCCUUCAACAGCAGUCCCUUUGACGACCAACACCUUCGGGCCAACACCCCUCCUGUAAGACCAACGUCGACAUAUACCCUCAAUGACUCCUACGCACGUCCUGAUCUACCAACUACUCAACGUGGCGGAUAUGGCGGAGGCACAACCGCAUACAAUCCACCAUCAGAGGAGGAUAUCCAUAGCCGCACUGGUUCCCCCUUCUCCCGCGCGGAUACAAGUUCGACUGAGGCAUGGAGGCAGCGACAGGCUCCUGCAGCUGGUGGUCUCAAGCGGUUUGCAACCAGAAAAGUCAAACUUGUUCAGGGCAGCGUCUUGAGUGUUAACCAUCCAGUGCCUUCCGCCAUCAAGAAUGCUAUCCAGGCAAAAUACCACCAAGAAGCGGACAGCGGGAGCAGCGAGGAGUUUACACAUAUGCGAUAUACAGCAGCAACUUGCGACCCCGACGAUUUCACCUUGAAGAACGGUUACAAUCUACGUCCAGCUAUGUACAACCGCCAUACCGAACUUCUCAUCGCGGUUACCUACUACAACGAAGAUAAGACGUUGACGGCGCGUACGCUACACGGUGUCAUGCAAAACAUCCGCGAGAUUGUGAACCUCAAGAAGUCUGAUUUCUGGAAUGUUGGUGGUCCAGCUUGGCAGAAAAUUGUGGUGUGUCUCGUUUUCGAUGGUAUCGACCCUUGCGACAAGGAUACGCUCGAUGUGUUGGCCACAAUUGGGAUCUACCAGGACGGGGUCAUGAAGAAGGACAUCGAUGGCAAGGAGACGGUCGCUCAUGUUUUCGAAUACACGACGCAGCUAUCGGUCACUGCCAAUCAGCAGCUUAUCCGUCCCACAGACGAUAGUUCUAGCACCCUUCCCCCCGUUCAGAUGAUGUUCUGUCUGAAGCAGAAAAAUAGUAAGAAGAUCAACUCUCACAGAUGGCUGUUCAACGCUUUUGGUCGUCUUUUGAACCCCGAGGUUUGCAUUCUCCUCGACGCGGGAACUAAGCCUGGCACGAAGUCGCUCCUGUAUUUAUGGGAGGGUUUCUACAAUGACAAGGACCUUGGAGGAGCCUGUGGUGAAAUCCAUGCUAUGUUAGGCAAGGGCAUGAAGAAGUUGCUGAAUCCAUUGGUCGCGGCCCAGAAUUUCGAGUAUAAGAUCAGCAACAUUCUUGACAAGCCCCUUGAAAGCUCUUUUGGGUAUGUCAGUGUGUUGCCUGGAGCUUUCUCAGCUUAUCGUUUUCGAGCGAUUAUGGGCCGGCCUCUUGAGCAAUACUUCCACGGUGAUCAUACAUUAUCUAAGAAACUCGGCAAGAAAGGAAUCGAGGGCAUGAAUAUCUUCAAGAAGAACAUGUUCUUAGCCGAGGACCGAAUUCUUUGCUUUGAGUUGGUCGCUAAGGCUGGAUCGAAGUGGCAUUUGACUUACAUUAAAGCCGCCAAGGGCGAGACUGAUGUCCCCGAAGGAGCCCCCGAGUUCAUUGGCCAACGUAGGAGAUGGCUCAAUGGUUCAUUCGCAGCCAGUAUGUACUCAAUCAUGCACUUUGGCCGAAUGUACAAGAGUGGUCACAAUCUUGUCCGGAUGUUUUUCCUCCAUAUUCAGCUGCUGUAUAACAUCUUCAGUGUCUUCCUAUCUUGGUUCAUGCUGGCAUCCUUCUGGUUGACGACCAGUAUUAUUAUGGACCUUGUGGGAACACCAGUGGCCGCUUCCGAUAAGACAAGUGAGCACAAUGGCUGGCCGUUUGGUAACACCGCGUCACCCAUCGUCAACACCAUUCUGAAGUAUCUGUAUCUUGCAUUUCUGAUUGUGCAAUUCAUCCUCGCCCUCGGUAACAGACCCAAAGGAUCAAGACUUACCUACAUCAUUUCUUUCGUGGUGUUUGGUUUCAUCAAUGCAUAUCUCAUCGUUCUGUCCAUGUAUCUGGCCGUUCGUGGUAUUAGUGGAUCAAAUAUCGAGACGGAUUCCGUUGGCAACUUUUUCAAGAGCUUCUUUGGAUCAUCGGGCGGCAACGGAGGAAUUAUCAUCAUCGCUCUACUGGCUACAUUCGGAUUAUACUUUGUGGCCUCGUUCAUGUACCUCGAUCCAUGGCAUAUGUUUACGUCGUUUGGGCAGUAUCUGCUGCUCAUGUCGUCUUACAUCAAUAUCCUCAUGGUCUAUGCUUUCAGCAACUGGCACGAUGUCUCUUGGGGUACCAAAGGUUCCGACAAGGCCGACGCCCUCCCAUCUGUUCAGACGACGAAGGCCGACGGCAAGACUGCUGAGAUUGAGGAAGUUGACCGACCACAGGAAGACAUUGAUAGUCAGUUUGAAGCUACAGUCAAACGCGCUUUGAAGCCGUUUAUUCCUGUUCCGGAAGAUGAGUCGAGAACUCUUGAUGACUCGUACAAAUCUUUCAGGACGAAACUCCUAAUUUGCUGGAUUUUUUCGAAUGCUUUACUAGUAGUCGCAAUUACUAGUGAUAAUGUCGACAAAUUCGGUUUCUCUUCCGAAGAUGGUGCACAAGUUCGAACUGCCAAGUUCUUCACUGUCCUGCUUUAUGCAACGGCUGUCCUGUCUUGCAUCCGGUUCGUCGGGUGUAUGUGGUUCCUCGGAAAAUCUGGAAUUAUGUGCUGUUUCAAGAGACGCUAG